AUAUCUGGUGAACUAAGUAAAUCCGCUAUAUAAGUGCAUUUAGUUCAUGAUCUGUUUUAAAUUUAUAACCGAAUGUCGUUAUUAUAAUAAAAUGAUCUUCAAUUGUUUCAAGUUUGGUGAUACUAAUUGUGCUUUAUUUACCUUGUGCUUUAUUUGCUUGUACAUUAUUUAGGUUUCAUUUCAUUAAAUUAACUUUUAAUUUUGUUAGUGUUUUUUUAAAUAAAAUAGUAAAAUUAUAAAAAAAUAAUUUGAAUCUAGUUGUCCAUUCAUUUCAAGUGCCAAUAGUCGGAGUUAGAUCAACGAAUUUUAUUUUGCUAAAGGUGACAUUAAGGCAAGGCAAAUACCGUGUAUUCUAUUGAUUUUUGUCAAUUGUCAACAAACGAAAUCAUAUAAUUCUUUUUUUUUACUUUUAUUUUUAAAUAAUCUGUUUAAAGUUUAGUGAAAUCCAUUAUGUUUUCUCAAUCGUCCAUCUACAUUAAACUUUUUAGUGAAGUAAUUCACUCGAGUCUUUUAUUGAGAAAACGAUCGGACUUUCCACUUUCCAGCAAUUUAUCAUAAUAAGGUUUCAAUUUUAGAUAGUAAGCCGUAAAUGGUUAAGAAAUCAACAUACUUAUCUCAGAAGUCAAUGCUUUUAAUUUCCUUGUUAUGGAUAUUAAAAUAUAAUUUGUACAUAAUACAUAAUUAUACUACACCUCAAUCAACUACUCUAAAUUAAGCUAUUUGAUAUAAUAAUCUGGAAGUUAAUUCAAAGAAUUACGUCAUAAAUAAGAACCUAAUUAUAUAAAUGCAUAUAAAAAUUAUUUAUCUAAAAUUUCAUUAAGAGAAUUAAGAGAAUCUCGUAUAAAUAACUUCACAAAACAUUUUCCACCGUCAAUGUCAUCAUAAACCUUUGUAAAGAACUUACAUCCAAGACGAUGACUGAUAGAACGAACAUAAAAGCUGAUGAGGCUUUUAACGAAAUUCGCCUCGGGCGAUCUAUUAGCGAAACCCAACGUAAACAAACCGGUGGGCAUCAAAUGAAUGGGAGGAACCGUCGAUCGUUAGAUACGGACCGCGAGCCCAAUGUCGACUCCAAUGCCACACAUUGUUACUUCUCGGAAGGAAGCGCAGCCUUUGUUGCCAGUGAUGUAAAGAAGCAACCCACUUUUAUACGAGUAGCGGUACUUUAUACGUAUCAAAUGAGCGUUGCAAACUUAGCUUCUACCAACCAGAGUUUAGGGCCAUUUGAGGCGGCGACGGGAGGCGAGAUGGUAUCCCGACGGCGUAUAUUGUCGCGUUCCCGUGACGAUCUCACACAGGCAGCGCAACUAGAAGAAGAAGAGGAUGUAUGGUAUCAGAAGGACAAACUUUAUAAGGCUCAUUACUGGACGUCGACGUCGGCGUUGUUUGACGCUAGCGAUUUUGUGACUACACGCUUGAUUGUAUCUAGCUUUGUCUGGUAUGUAGAGGCGUUCCGUUAUGGGCGUUUAGAUGAAAAAAAUGAAGGUCAAAGGUAUAACAGUACAUGUCUCAUUCAAAUAUAG